AUGCGGAACCGCAUCGUCACAUUAUCCAUCGGUAAUUUAUCACUCCAUCAGCGUCGUUUCUUCGAUCAUUUCAUUUCCAACGACUUAUACCACCGACCAUUUUCUCAUCCUCCGAAGCCCUACAAAGUAAAGAAGAGAAAGAAGAAUUCAAGAAACGGAGCUCCGAAAAUAACCGAAGCCCCAACAGUUCCCUUUCAGUCGAACCUUCCAUUCGAUUUCAGAUACUCUUAUUCGGAGACCCACCCUUUCGUUGAGCCCAUAAGCUUCCGUGAAUCAACCAAGUUCUCCCCGUUUGGGCCGGGCCGACUCGACCGGACAUGGACCGGCGUUUCUGCUCCCGUUCGGACUGAACCGGACUGGAAGAGAAUGGAGGAGGAGCGUAACCGGGUUCUCGGAGCGCCGCUCAAUGAGGAUGAGGUAGCAGAGCUCGUCGAACGCUACCGUCACAGUGACUGUGUCAGACAAAUCAAUUUAGGUGUUGUUAAUAUUCUCAACUAUUUUCAGUUUUUCAUGAGAAAAUAA